GAGCAAGGAAGGGGCCGGCGGGCUGGCGGGGAAGCGGCGCGGGGCAGCCACGUGAGAGCUGGAGCUGGGGUGGGGGGGUGCCUGCAAGGUCCUGGAGGCGGAGAGCAGGCUGGGCUCUUGUAUCCCCCCCACCCCAACUCCUACCAAUCAGGUCAUAGGGAGCUCAGUAUCCUCCCGACGCCCCCACCCACCCUCUCCCACAUGAAUGUGCUGGGGACAGACAGCGGCCAGACGUGUGACUCGGCCCACGGGACCCGCAAAGCCCCCGCCCUCAGUCUGGGGCUGGAGACUCAGGUGUCCAGGCCCAGGGGAGGGGACCAAGAAGCAGGCUUUGGCCCCAGUGUAUGUCCCCAGGCGGGCGCUGUCUGCAGACUCACUGCAGAGCACAGGCCUUGGGGAGGGAGGCUCGGGGGCCUGGGCCCUGCUUCUCCGGACAGCCCUCUUCCACCCCUCCCCAGCUGAGGAUGUUGGAUUAAUAAACACUUUGACCCAGGACCCCUGCCUGGGAAGCAGGAGGGGGCACCAGUCACCUCUGAGUCAGAGACAGGGCCACACUUGGGCCUGGUGAGUUCUCGGGAGGCUGGCCCCAGCCGAGGGGCCUCUCUUGCACUCCCUUUCUUGGCUCCAGCACUGUGCCCUGAUUUUAUUUCCCAGCUAUUCCCCCCGAAAGCGUAGAUUUCUGGGCAGGGACUGUGGUGCCCAGGAGAAAGUGCAGGUAGGGUACCUCCUAGUUACCUCUAAGUUGCCACACCCAGGGAGAGGCAGGGACUCUUCUUGCAUUCAUUGCCCUGCCUUCCUCUCCUAAGAUGCCCCCCGCCCCACCUGCUUGUGCUGGUUAUGUAAUUAACCCAGCCGAGGCUCUCUGCCAAGCUAACAGUGUCCAGGGAUGCUGAGGGGCCUAGGGCCCUGGAGGGAUUUGUGGGGAGAAGGGACUGGUACUUCCCCUAGUUGGGAGCUUUUAUAAGUAGCUAAGUACUUGGUGGAGAAAAGACCCUGUGUGGGGCAGGAAGGAGAUCGGGGUCCUAGUCUUAGUUGACAGCUCAACAGGCUAUGUGGUCUUCAUGUCCCUAAACCUUUGUGGGUUUUUGGUUUUGCUUUUACCGUCAAUAAAAUGAGAAUUGCACACACACACGCACACACACACACACGCAUGCACUGCAUGUGCAUGAGCAUCAGUGCACAGUGACCCAUCGGGGUUGCUAGGAGGUCCCACUGAGAUCAUGGAAAGCCUUAGAUGAAUGAAGGACCCCUAUACAUAGUAAUGGCCACUGUUUAUUGAGCACCUGCUCUGUGCAGCACAGGGCUUUACCCGUGUGACCUCACAACACCCUGUGAGGUUUCUUAUCCAAGAUCACACUUUAGGUGAGCAGCAGAGCUGGUGGAUCUCACCCCAAAUCCUGCCCUCAGUAUACUAUGCUGUAUGUGCACCUGCCCAAUGGAUUGGGUCCCCUCAGCCAGGAUGGACUGAGGGACAUUGCACUGUGACUCUGCGGAUGCAGAAAGAACAUGCAUCCACAGAGCAAACAUGUAUACAUGCUGGAGAUCAUGGCCUCAUCGGAACUCAGCAAACCCACGUACCCUGGACCCAUUUAGCAGGCACUAGUGUCACCCUCCUGGGAUUAGUCCCCAGACAGUGGGUCUCAGGCAUGUACCAACUUCCCUGGUCACCAUCUUCAACAGAAGGAGAAGGCAGCUGGCUAAGAGGUUUACUUGGGUGAUCUCAGAAGUAGGGGCUGUUGACCCUACUUUGUGUGCAGAACGUAGCUCAGGUUGGGCAGGUGAUUUGCCCUCUGACCCACAGCUGGGACACAUCUAGCUGGGACAUAUGGACGAAAGUCACUGGAACUGAGCAAGCAAGGAGCUAAUGAAUCCAUAUCAAGGUCCAACCCCAGAGCAGCCCUUUCCAGGGCAUCUGCUGUGUGCCAGGCCCUCUGAGCUCAGGGGGUUGCCAGAGAACCAGACCCAGCCCUUGGCCUGUGGCCUUUGCCAGCUAGAAGCACUAAACUUGGAAGCCGGAAGUACUGUGACACUGUAGAAAGGGAGAGCUGCCAUUCCCAGCUGUGCAAGUGGCUCAUGUCUUUCUCCCUCCAAGGCUUCUCUCCAAGGUGGGAACACCUGUCACCUGUAGUGACGAAGGAUAACCACGUGGACAUGCCGAGUGUGCAACAGGUGUCACACUCCAGAACCAAAGCCACCAUCUAGUCCACGGGUUCUCAGCUGAGGGCACCUGGAAGUGCAGGGAGAGCGCAGGUGGUCUCAUCGUGGUCCCUAGAGGCUGCUGCUGGCAAGUACAUCCUGGCAGCCAGGGGUGUCAAUGUCCUCCUCAGUAAAGAAUUCUGUCUCUGCAAAUUGCCAGGAGCACCUCCACUGAGACACACUGGCCUCGUCUCAGGACAGAAGACGGAGAGUGUGAGGAGUUGCUGCCUUGCCCCCAGGCUCCCUGGGAAAGCUGGGACUUGAAGCCAGUUCUAGAGCUCUUUCCACUCUGCUCUGCAGCCUGCCUGGGUGUGGAAGUCAGACCUGGCCAAAAAUCAGGACAUAGUACUAGUCAAGAAAGAUUGAUUUCCAGCAGUUCCUGUCUGACUAGUAACUCUGAGGAUGCAGUCCAGGUGGAGGCCACAGAGGGCCCAGGGCGAGCAAGGGCAGCGAUGGUUGGUCCUGACGGUGGCUGAGCCCCCAGCCCCUGGAAUAUGCAGCCCGGGGGAGCCCCAGGCAGCGGCGAGGACGCGGUGGCGGAGCGGGGCGGGAGGCAUGGUCUCCACCUACCGGGUGGCCGUGCUGGGGGCUCGAGGCGUGGGCAAGAGUGCCAUCGUGCGCCAGUUCCUGUACAACGAGUUCAGCGAGGUCUGCGUGCCCACCCCCGCCCGCCGCCUCUACCUGCCUGCUGUCGUCAUGAACGGCCACGUGCACGACCUCCAGAUCCUCGACUUCCCGCCCAUCAGCGCCUUCCCUGUCAACACGCUGCAGGGUGAUCGGCACCUCGGAAACGCCCAUCAUCAUCGUGGGCAACAAGCGGGACCUGCAGCGUGGACGCGUGAUCCCGCGCUGGAACGUGUCACACCUGGUGCGCAAAACCUGGAAGUGUGGCUACGUGGAGUGCUCGGCCAAGUACAACUGGCACAUCCUGCUGCUCUUCAGCGAGCUGCUCAAGAGCGUCGGCUGCGCCCGCUGCAAACACGUGCACGCCGCCCUGCGCUUCCAGGGCGCGCUGCGCCGGAACCGCUGCGCCAUCAUGUGAUGCCGCGCCCGCGGGCCGCACCCGACAGGCCCGGGCCGGGAGGGGGCAGGAAGAGAACUCCGACCGUCGGGCCUGAAACGCCCCCGCCGCCACGCACCUGCCCCGGAGAGGCCGAGGGCGAGAGGGCGCUUCCCCUUAACUGCCCCGUCCUCCCCGCUCUCCCACGCCUGUCUUCCUGGGACGGCCGCCGGUCGUGCUGUAGUUAGUGCAGUACCCGGCCCGGCCCCAAGGGGCGCCGCCGCCUCUGGCGAUUUAGGGGUGAGCACGUGACAUGCAGCGUGGGGGUGGGGAGGUGCUGCCUCGGCCGGGGGAGGGGGGGGUCCCCACCGGUCUUCUCCGGAGAGUGUGUCCGUCAUUGCCCCGCGUCUUCCUUCCCGGGUCUGUCCGUCCAAGCGUCUGUUGGUCCUCAGCUGUCCUACCCACCCUCCAGUGCCCCUCUCCACCUCCAGCUUCGUUCACAGGGCUCUCAUUCCAUCCAUCCCCUUGUCGCAGAUCCUGGCAGCUUCUUUGUGAGGCCAGCCUUCUAACCGUCGGCACCACCGGCACAGGGCAGAGAGAUGCGGGUGGCCCAAGGACCACAGCUGGGGUCCGACGGUUGAGGUCCUAGAUCAGUCAGGGGGAGAAGGCUGAGCUCUCUCCCUUCCAGGGAGACCUCCCCACCCAGCAGCCCCCAGAGACACAACAACCUACCUUCCAGCCUUAACUCGAUGGUCCGUCCCUGCCGGGUGCCCCUCACCCCCUUCCUGACCCUAAAGCCAGAUCACCCCCUGGGUUAGUUUUUUUUUUUUUUUUUUUUUUUCCUUGACAGAGUAUGGAGAAAGAGUGACCCAAAGGAUAGAUUUAUUUCCGUGAAGCCAGGUUCCAGCCCGCUGUCCCCUUCUGGGCUGAGUGGGCUGCCAAAUUGGCUGAAUGUUGGGUUGGGGCGUGGGGGCUGGUGAUGGGCCGGGCGCCGAAGGGGGCAGGCAGGUUGUGCUAGUGCAGACUCUCUCUCCAUCUGACCCCAACUGGACUGCCCCGGACCCCAGCCUGCCUUGAAUCUCAGAUUACCUUGGUUAAUCUGGGGAGGGGCCGAGCCAGGAAAAGCGUUACAGGGACCCCUGUGCUUGGGGGAGAUAUCCCAGCAUCCCCGCCCCUCGACGGAAGCCCUGCAGGAUCUGAUGCCCUCUUGUCCCAACAUCGGUUUACCCGAUGCCCUGACUCACUCCGCCCCAUUUUCUCCGGCUGCCUGGCCAGUUUCUACCUCUUGUCACCGGAGCUGAUCACUGUCAGUUUUGUACCGAUUUAGAAAUAACAAAAAUCAUGAAGCUACUAGGCGCGGCCUGAAGGAUUACUGGGGGACAUGGAGGGCGGGAGAAAUGGGUGCGAACCCCCUGCCUCCUGGUCAAGUUCUCCUUGAGACCGAGUCCUCAGCCCUGCUCUGGUGGGAGGAUAGUGAGGCCCCUUGUUAGAAGAGGGACAGAGAGAACAAUCUAGCCUCGACGGAGCCAAGCUGUGGUGCAUUGACCAGGAAACCAGGUAGCCCAGAGUGGUGAUGGGGAGGAGUCUGGGGGAGGGGUCCCAGGUGGCUACCAUCAUCUGGAUCCAGUGUAGGAGGAAGUUUCUUUUCUCCCUUCUGCUCCCCCAGGUGAUCCCACCACCACCACUCACUGGGGGUAACGCGGCAGUGACUGCCCUGACCUUGGGCAGUCCAGUGUUUUGGGGUUCUGGUCCCUGCUGUGCUGCAUGACUUUGGGCAAGUGACCUACCCUCUCUGAGCCUCCCUCUGAAGCAGAGGAGGUGGCUCCCUUCCCCCACACAUUGGAGUGGCUGGGAGGGUAAGGAAGAGGGCCUGCCCCCCUUUUAUCCCUUGCACCCUUGCCUCCCUGAUUCACCAGGGGGACAGGGUGAGGGAUGGCAGCACCUCACCUGCCCCAUCACUGUCACCUCCAGCUCUGAGGCACCUGAGGUGAGGGUGAGGGACCCAGGCCUCGGGCUGCCCCGUGUGGGAGCCAUUGGAAUGUAUUGCCUGGCCAGCCCCCCUCGCCCGCCCCAACCCCCGCUUUACCCCAGAUCUUUGAUUUUGAUUCCUUCUGCCCCCAUUCUGAGUCUCUGUCCUUCUCCCGCCCCCCCCCAGGGUUUCCCACCACAGGGUCUGGAAGCGUGUGUGACACCCAUUGCGCUGUGAUCGGAAGUCAGAUUAAAAAUCAGGGAGUGUUUUCCCUCGUUUCUGUA